CGAGUUGGCAACAUUCUAAGAGGGUUCCGACAUCGUUUUUUUUCGCCGUUAGCGACUUUCAUCAUGUCGCAGGACCGAGGGAAGGAUCCGGAAGACUUGCUCACAACCGCCCGACAAGGGCAUAACACGAAGACGUUUGACUCGCCGUUCAAGGUCGACCCGGAAAUCGACGGCAAGAGGGACGACUCGGUGUGGCAUUUCGUAGCCAGAGGGCGUUAUUUGGAUGGGUCGACGGCGGCGGGUAGGAAGAGCGAUCGUCGAUGCCUGUGCAGGUUGUGCGGGCGUUCGGUUUGUGGGGGUGCUAAAACCGCCAAGGAACACUUCUCGAAGAGCGAGAAGUUCCGAUGUGAGGCAGCCACUCCUGCUGUGUGGAAUGCGAUCUGGUCGAAGGACAUGACAAAAUGUCCGAAGGAGUUCGCGUCUGCCUUAGAAACAUUGCAAAGCUUAUUGCCAGACCAUCCGAGCUUACAGUGGCCACCUCUUCCAUUCCCCGAGGAUGCAGUGCCGCCGCUGGUUCCUCCCACCACCCCUUCAGGACCGGUCGCAUCGCCGAAUUCUGGGGCUCCGGCCAUUCGAGUCACGGUAGCGCGUCCUGCAACAACAGUUGCAACACGACUGACAACCCCGCCGUCUGCAUUGCUGGCUGGGACACGAGGUGCUCGCGAUGUGGGAGUUGGUCGUUCUACGCCAACCAACGAGCUCCCGCUUGUGAGGGAUGGUGUGGGCUCUGCGGCAUUUGACGAGAAGAGCACACGUGUUUUUAUUGAGAGUCGCAGGAGUGCUAGACAGCCAGAUGCCGCAUGGGGUGGUACUACGGUGGCGCCUGGCGUAUCGCCCCGCGGUUCGUCGGAGCACCCCUGGCUGCCACCGCCACCGUCGCAAGCGGCGCAACGUCCAGUGGUCCACCACGCUCACGGAACCGCCCACCCGGAUCCGUCACACACACCUGCAGAUGCUCGACAAUCUGCCUCCGUGCCUCGUUUCGGGGAACGGGCGGAUCAUGGGGUGCCUGCUGAGGAGGUCCCCGCUCCGGUGUUCGAUUCAUUGCCAACCCCGAUUCCGACAACGACGGGUGGUGGUCGGUCUGCCGCACAGCCUCCACCCGUGUUGACCGGAUCGUUAGACCCUUUGCAGCGCAUUCACGACCUUGCAGUCGCCCAGAGCGUGGCACGUGUUAGUCCUGGCGGGUUGUUGGAUGCCGGGGUCCUCGGCGGGAGAGCCACGACGGGUCGAUGCCGAGGCACUUAUAGGCAGCAGGCUGUCACAUCAUAUUAUUCGGACCCUUUGGAGCGCGCGUUGUCAGGCGGCCACAAGCAGUGCGCCGCCUAAAAUCUACGGUUUUGGGGCUUAGGCGCGAAGACGAGUCUGAGUUUUGAUGGUACUCUGGUUAGACCAGGCAACGGAAAUUA